AUGUCCUCCAUCCUACUGCAGAAUGCAACCAUCCUGUGCCACAAGGGAGAGCAGGUCCAGAUCCUGCGACAGCACGAUCUGCUGAUUGAAAACGACACGAUCAAGCGGAUUGGCAAGAACUUGGCCCUUUCCGAGGCAUCUUCUGGCCGGGUGAUUGACUGCACGGGCAAGAUCGUCUCGCCUGGGUUCGUGGACACGCACCAUCAUCUGUGGCAGAGUCAGCUGCGAGGCCGGCAUGGCGACCACGGCUUCAAGGAAUACAUGGUCACAGGAAACAUGCAAUCCUUCAAUUAUGAGCCGGAUGAUAUCUUCUGGGGCCAACUGGCAGGCUGUCUGGCCAGCAUCGACGCCGGCGUGACCACCGUAGUGGACCAUGCGCAUAUGUCUUAUUCAGCGGAGCAUGUCAAAAAAGGAAUCCAAGCGUCGGUGUCUUCCGGUCUGAGGACGGUCUUCUGCUACACCCCCAUCGAGCGCAUUGAAGAAUGGACGGAGACGGUGAAGUUUGCCGACGAUUUCCUGCCGGACUGGUGGAUGCCUCUUUUCGACGAGCUCAACCAGACUGUCGGCCAGGACGGCCGGGUGAUGCUGGGCCUGGGAAUCGAGCUGACGGCUCCUCGCGACGUGGCCGUGGCGCUGUGGAAGAGGGCAAACGAGCUGGGGAUGCUGGUGACGACGCAUUACGUUGCUGGGUUUAUGCCGAAUAUUGUCCAGAUCCUGGCGGAGAACUCUCUCCUCUCAGGGAGGAUCAUCGUCUCGCACGCGACGGGCAUCGCGCUCAGCGACGCCGCCACCCUCGCCGAGAACCAGGUGUACAUCUCGACGACGCCCGAGACAGAGCUGCAGAUGGGCCUGGGCGAGCCCGUGGCGCUGCGCGGCAAGAACAACAGCCCGCUGAGCUCGCACACCUGCGUGGGCGUCGACUGCCACUCGAACAACUCGUCGGAUCUCAUCACCCAGCUGCGGCUGCUGGUGCAGCAUAUGCGCGGGCAGGAGUACCUCGUCGCUCAGGCCCGAGGAGAGUACGCUGCCAUCAGUGCUAAGCUCGAGCACGCCUUCAAUCUGGGGACUCUGCAGGGCGCGCGAGCCAUGGGGUUGGAGCACAAGAUCGGCACGCUCGAGGAGGGCAAGAAGGCGGAUCUCGUCGUCUUCGACACGGAUACCCCUGCCAUGGUGUGUGCAGACAGUUAUCCCCUCGCUGCCAUCCUGCUGCACGCCAGUAUCAGGGACAUUGGCAUGGUGAUCAUCGACGGAGCCAUUGUCAAGGAAAACGGACAGCUGAACGUCACGCUGGAUGGAGAGACAGUCGGAUGGAAGACUGUCGCGGAGAAGCUGCGCCAGAGUCAGCAAGACGUGGUCCAGAGGGGGGAGACACAGCAGCUGGAGGGUGUCAGUCCAUGGAAGCAGUAAUAGACAUAGAAGUUGUAUAGGUUAGGGUAGAGAGACAGCCUACAAUCUAGCCCUAUAGGACCAGUAAUAGACGGAAGUUGUAUAGGUUAGGUUAGGGUUAGGGAUUCGGUCUACAACUUAACCGUAUAGGAACAGUAAUAGACAUAGAAGUUGGUUAGUAUAGGAACAGUAAUAGACAUAGAAGUUGGUUAGUGUUAGGUUAGGGUUAUAGAGUUAGUCUACAACCUAAUCUAGGAACAGUAACUUAAUAGAGCAUGGAAAGUUGU